CCCGGGCAGCGCGCGCGGGAGGCGAGGAAAGGCUGCGCGCCUGCGGGGCAGGUGGCCGCGGGGCCAGGGCAAGGCGUGCAGGAGGUGAGGCGCCCGAGGUUCAGGAGUCGCGGCGCGGCAGAGUGGUGCGAGUCGGGACUUUAAACCCAGGACAUAGAACCUCACUUACAGAUGAGAGUCUUCUGGAAGAGAAAAGAGUGACAGAGUUUUUGUUGAGUACCAAGACUUGAAUAUGAAGUAAUUUGUGCACAUGGCAUUGGUAAGGCGUUCUUUCAGGUGCAACAAACUCUUGGCCACAGAUUCCUGGUCACUCAUACUUAUUCUCUUUUCUGUACAAUAUGCAUAUGGGGGUGGAAAGAAGUUUAUCGGUCUCUGUGGAGGAAGAGAUUGCUCUCUUUGCCAGUGUUUUCCUGAAAAGGGAUCUCGGGGUCAACCGGGACCACCGGGGCCACAGGGUCCUAUUGGACCCCUGGGACCCCCAGGACCCAUUGGGAUCCCAGGAGAGAAAGGGAUGAAAGGUGACAGUGGCCGUCCUGGAGCAGCAGGUGGCAAAGGUGACAAGGGUCCAACCGGAGUUCCUGGAUUUCCAGGUCUGGAUGGGAUACCUGGACACCCAGGGCCUCCUGGAUCCAGAGGCAGACCUGGCAUAGAUGGCCACAAUGGCUCAAGAGGCGAUCCAGGGAUGCCAGGAGAAAGAGGAGCUCUUGGCCCACGAGGCCCCCCAGGCCUUCCAGGAGAAAAAGGAGAAAAAGGAAAUUCAGUGUUCAUUUUAGGUGCCACUAAGGGUAUGCAGGGCGACAGAGGGGACCCAGGACCUCCCGGCUCACCAGGAUCAAGGGGAGUGAGAGGCCCAGCAGGCCCAGCAGGGUACCCAGGAGAACCUGGGUUAGCAGGACCUCCAGGCCCCGCUGGGAGUCCAGGCUUGAAGGGUAAUCCUGGCGUGGGAGUAAAGGGGCAAAUGGGAGACCCGGGUGAGGUUGGCCAGCAAGGUUCUCCGGGACCCACUCUGUUGGUGCAGCCACCAGAUUCUGGUCUCUAUAAAGGAGAAAAGGGUAUUAAAGGAAUGCCUGGAAUGACUGGAACUCCCGGACCACCAGGACCCAAGGGAGAACCUGGUAUUGGAAGAAAAGGAGAGAAAGGGAUUCCUGGGUUUCCAGGACCUCGGGGGGACCCUGGUUCCUAUGGAUCUCCAGGUUUUCCAGGAUUAAAGGGGAAACCAGGACUAUUUGGAGAUCCUGGGUCAUUUGGAUUUCUUGGCCCAAAGGGAGAUCCUGGAGACCGUGGGCACCCAGGACCACCAGGGGUUUUGGUAACUCCAUCUCUUCCACUCAAAGGCCCUCCAGGGGAUCCAGGGCGCCCUGGCCGCUAUGGAGAAACAGGGGCUGUUGGACCACGUGGUCCUCCUGGUGCCCCAGGUAGACCAGGGGAAGCCUGUGCAGGCAUGACAGGACCUCCUGGGCCACGCGGGUUUCCUGGUCACCCAGGAUUUCCAGGGGCAGCUGGUGUUCCUGGAAGAGCUGAUUCUGCUCCAGGAAAACCAGGCAACCAGGGACCAACUGGGCUGCCUGGAGUGCCAGGACUGCCGGGACCUCCAGGAUCAGAUGUUGUAUAUUGUACUCUUGGGCAACCUGGACCACAAGGAAUAAAAGGCAAGGUGGGUCCUCCAGGAAGACGAGGCUCCAAAGGAGAAAAAGGCAACUCAGGGCUCUGUGCCUGCCAGCCUGGUCUCAUGGGCCCACCAGGCCCUCCAGGGCCUCCUGGGAGGCAAGGAAGUAAAGGAGACUUGGGGCUCCCUGGGUGGCUUGGAGAAAAAGGUUCCCCAGGCCCUCCUGGUGCCGAAGGAUCUCCAGGGCCACCGGGAAAACCUGGUGCCUCAGGACUACCUGGCAGCAAAGGAGAAAAAGGUGACAUGGUUGUAUCAAGAGUGAAAGGACACAAAGGAGAAAGAGGGCCUGAUGGGCCCCCUGGACUUCCAGGGCAGCAGGGACAACACGGUCGAGAUGGAUAUGCUGGAGAAAAGGGGGAUACAGGGCCGCCUGGUGAUCACGAAGAUGCAGCCCCAGGUGAUGAAGGGCCUCCUGGACCGCUGGGCCCCCCUGGCAGAGCAGGGCCUAGGGGGCCCCCAGGCCUGGGAUUUCCUGGCCCUCCAGGAGAGAGAGGGCAACCAGGAGCUCCAGGCUAUCCAGGCAACAGGGGUCCUGAUGGUCGGAAGGGUCAGAAAGGUGACACAAUUCCUUGUAACGUAACAUACCCUGGGAGGCCAGGCCCUCCAGGUUUUGAUGGUCCUCCAGGUCCAAAGGGACUUCCAGGUCAUCGGGGUGCUCCUGGGCUGAGGUGUCUGGAUGGGCAAAAGGGUCAACGUGGCAAACCAGGAAUCUCAGAAAGACCUGGUCCACCUGGUUUCCGUGGUGAUACAGGAGAACCAGGUUUGGGAGGUGAAAAGGGGUCCUCCCCUGUUGGGCCCCCAGGCGCUCCAGGUUCACCUGGAGUGAACGGUCAGAAAGGACCCCCAGGAGAUCCUGCUAUCGGCUACCCAGGACUCCCGGGAAAGAGUGGUCUUCCAGGAGCACCAGGGUCCAAAGGACUCAGAGGCGAUGUCGGGCGUCCAGGGACCACAGGGCCAGCUGGCAUGCCCGGAUUUCCAGGUCUCCAAGGUCCCAAAGGCCGAGAGGGAAAUGCUGGGUUUUCAGGGAUCCCAGGCCCACCUGGUCACUCCUGUGAAAGAGGUGCUCCAGGGAUCCCAGGGCAACCGGGGCUCCCUGGGGCUCCAGGCAGUCCAGGUGCCCCAGGAUGGAAAGGACAGCGAGGGGACAUGGGACCUCUGGGACCUGCUGGAAUGAAGGGCCUCCCUGGAGUCCCGGGACGGCCGGGCGCAGAUGGAACCCCAGGUUUUCCAGGACUCCCAGGCCCCACUGGAGAUGAUGGGCUACCUGGUCUUCCAGGCCCAAAGGGACCCCAGGGGCUGCCUGGCUUCCUGGGUUUUCCGGGAGAGAGAGGAAAACCUGGUCAGGAUGGACACCCUGGCAGAAAGGGAGAACACGGAGAGAAGGGUUGGCCUGGCUUCCUGGGAGACCGAGGACUGAAAGGUGGCAAAGGAGCAAGAGGACCCCCGGGAUAUGAAGGAGAAAUGGAUAUUAUUUCUAAGAAGGGGGAAACUGGAGAACCUGGACCUUCUGGGGAUAGUGGAUUCCCAGGAGAAAAUGGUGAUAAAGGUCAUCCUGGGAUACAAGGAAGGAGAGGAGAGCCAGGAAGCUAUGGACCACCUGGAUUUCACCCUGGGGAGCCCGGGAGAAAUGGGCAGCCAGGGCUUCCUGGACCCCCAGGCCCUCCGGGCUCACCUGGGCUGAGAGGGGUCGUUGGUUUUCCAGGAUUUCCGGGUGACCAGGGUGAGCCAGGUUCUCCAGGGUGCCCGGGACCUUCAGGAAUUGAUGGUACAAGAGGACCUAAAGGGUACAAAGGAGAAUCUGCAAGUCAGUUUGGCCUACCUGGUCCAAAGGGUGAGCCAGGUAGCCCCGGAUAUCCAGGACGUUUGGGAGCAUCUGGAGAGCAGGGCUUGCCCGGUGCUCAAGGUCCUGGAGGACCACCGGGAAGGCCAGGACCUCCUGGCUUCUCUGGACCAACAGGAUGUCCAGGUAAUCCAGGGGGACCUGGGCUGCAGGGACCUCCAGGAGAAGUGGGGGAUCCUGGACCAAGAGGCAUCCUGGGGGACCCAGGGGCACCAGGUCUUCCAGGAAUAAAAGGUCCCUUGGGGUCACCCGGCCUGAACGGCUUGCAUGGUUUGAAGGGUCCGAAAGGCAGCAAAGGCGCUUCAGGGUCGCAUGAAAUGGGCCCCCAGGGUCCAGUGGGAAUGCCCGGCCCUAAAGGGGAGACAGGAGACCCCGGGAACCCAGGAAUUUCUCCUCUGGGACUUUUUGGAGAAAGAGGUCCACCAGGUCCCCCAGGACCCCCAGGGAGAGCUGGACUGCCUGGUCCCCCAGGUGCUCCAGGAAAAGCUCUUAAGGAUGACAUUCCAGACCCAGGUCUGCCUGGAGAUCAGGGACCUCCUGGCCCCGAUGGUCUAAGAGGAAUACCUGGGCCUCCAGGGCCACCUGGGAGUGUCGACCUUCUGAAAGGGGAACCAGGAGACUGUGGUCUGCCGGGGCCUCCGGGUCUCCCGGGCCCACCAGGCCCUCCCGGACACAAAGGCUUCCCAGGAUGUGAUGGAAAACAUGGCCAGAAAGGACCAAUGGGAUUCCCGGGGCCACAGGGGCCACCUGGAAGUCCUGGGCUACCUGGAGACAAAGGUUUACCUGGAGCUCCAGGCAGACGAGGGCCUUUGGGUCCUCCGGGUUCCAGAGGUGAGCCUGGGCCCCCAGCAGACUUGGAUGCCUGCCCCCGAAUCCCAGGGCUUCCUGGGAUACCAGGCCCGAGAGGACCGGAAGGAGCCAUGGGGAUUCCUGGCAUGAGAGGCCCGCCAGGGCCAGGGUGCAAAGGAGAGCCCGGGCUGGAUGGCAGGAGGGGUGAGGAUGGCCUCCCAGGGCCCCCUGGGCCUCCGGGUCAUAAAGGUGACAUGGGAGAAGCAGGCUGUCCAGGAGCACCAGGCCCUCCUGGGCCCGUGGGGGAUCCUGGGCCCAUAGGGUUUGGCCCUGGAUACCUCAGUGGCUUCCUCCUGGUUCUCCACAGUCAGACCGAUGGAGAACCCACCUGCCCCACGGGCAUGCCCAGGCUCUGGACUGGGUAUAGUCUGCUAUACCUGGAAGGACAGGAGAAAGCUCACAAUCAAGACCUAGGUCUGGCGGGCUCCUGCCUCCCCAUCUUUAGCACGCUGCCCUUCGCCUACUGCAACAUCCACCAGGUGUGCCACUAUGCCCGGAGGAACGACAGGUCCUACUGGCUGGCAAGCACCGCGCCUCUGCCCAUGAAGCCGCUCUCGGAGGACGAGAUCCGCCCGUACAUCAGCCGCUGCGCCGUGUGCGAGGCCCCCGCCCAGGCCGUGGCGGUGCACAGCCAAGACCAGUCCAUCCCUCCAUGUCCGCGGGCCUGGAGGAGCCUCUGGAUCGGGUACUCCUUCCUCAUGCACACAGGCGCUGGGGACCAAGGAGGCGGGCAGGCCCUCAUGUCCCCUGGCAGCUGCCUAGAGGAUUUCAGAGCCGCACCGUUCCUGGAAUGCCAAGGCCGGCAGGGAACUUGCCACUUUUUUGCCAACAAGUAUAGUUUCUGGCUGACAACGGUGAGACCUGACUUGCAGUUUUCCUCUGCACCAUUACCGGACACCUUGAAAGAAAGCCAUGCUCAACGCCAGAAAAUCAGCAGGUGCCAGGUCUGUGUGAAGCAUAGCUAAGAUCCCACCUUUCACAAUCAGGUCUCCAAGAGAAACUUGCCAGGAGGCUGAGACAUCCUAGGAUGUGCUAAGAGAUUCAGUGGUGCUCAUCUUAGACUCCUGGUUUAGCCGUUCCCUCUGUUUUGAUGUGGUUAUUCCCAGAGGACUAUAUAACUCCUUCCUCUGUUCCAGACAGAUUAAGCAAAUGCUACACAUAUGGAUUUGCUUGGACCUACCAAUCUAGACGAAACCCAGAUAUUCUUCUUUCAUUGAGGAUGGUGGGAAAAGCUGGCUUUAUUUAAAAGUAUGCUAAUUCAGGGGAAGGCAAAUAGACGAUAAAGGCCAGAUUACAAAUGACAUUACUGGAAACUUCAUUCAUUGGUUAAUAGCAACUCAAACAAUUGAAGUCAAUUACUCUAUAAUACAGUGGGCUUCUGGAUGGAUAUUACAGGAAAAAAAAAUAGGCCAGCAAAUGAACUAGGAAGUAGAGAUUUCCUACGUUUCAAAAUGAUUUCCUCUGUAAUCUAUUUUUCCAUGCACUUUAAAUAAUUGUAAAACCAUGACCCAAGGAGAUUAAAAAAAAAAAACCCACACAGCCAGCCUUAACAGUUCAUUUCAAAGCAGAAUGAAUCAUUAUGCCAUGAAGGACCACGGUUGGUAUAUUCCAGAGAUGCAACAUUAGCAUAAAACACAUCACAGAUGAACAUAAAACAUUAUGUUCCCUUCUGCAUUUUUCAGAGAAUAGAAAUGCCUACUUUGGCAACCCUUUGGAAAAGUAGCAAUUAUGGGGCAAAAAUAUGUUCAAUAAGGGAUUAAGAGCCUAAAAGCUAUUAAUGAAUAUUAAGGCAGUGAUUCACAAAAAUUGAUUCCCCACUGCAGUGAACUUCCAAACAGACCGCUUUGGCCCAGUCGGGGUCCGCCUUGUCUUCCGCGCGUGUGUGUGUUAAUGGGCCUGGAGCCACAUGGGGCCACGUUCACACAAAGCAGACCCCUUCCCUCCCCUGGGUACGCCUACAGAGCUGCCCCACAGCCCCACAAAGGACACUUUCCCUCCAUCCACAUAAUGGCAGCUCAUGCAGGGAAGUGACAGAGCUAUCAUUAUGCGCUUGGGAGAAAAUUAAGGGCCGACUUAAUUAAACUAAGGUAAGAAGAUUCAUUUAAGUCAUUGUCACCCCCCACCCCCGCCAAAGACCUGACACUUUUAAAUGCAACAAAGACAACCUACAGCUUGAAUCUUGUGUUCUGUUAUUGGUUUUUCUAGGAGCAUCCUGUUUUUCCUAUCUAAAAACAUUCUUGUAUUCUAUAUCAAUAUUAGACCAAGGCAGCAGUUUGAUAUUUGGCUUUUUUUUUUUUUUAAUAAAAGCUUAGAGGUCAUGUCAUUUUAUAGUGAGUAGUUUUCUGUCUAGCGAAAGGAUAUGUUUUCUAUUUUGCUAGAAUUCUGUGGUCUAAUCCUGAAAAUCAAAAGGCUUAUUGGAAAAGACUUUUAUUAAAUUUCCUUUUCUCAUGUUAAAAAAUUGGCAUUUUAGAGAAAACUAAAGAAAUUUCCCAUGAGUAAGUGACAGUCAUUUUAGUGCUUAGUUUCAAUGCACUUAAUAAUAAUUAAAACUUUGUUUAUAAAAAAUGCUUUUCUUGCCAAAUAUUGAUUGGGAGUGUGCUCUUAUACGCAGAAUGUAUUUCAAAUGAAUCUUGCUCUGGGCUGCCCCCCAGGAUGGCAAUUUAUUUUAAGCCUGCUUCCUGGUAAAAAGAGAAAAAUGUACAUUUUAAGAGGAAAUAUUAUCUUGAUGUACCAGAAUAUUUCCUAGUUCAUUUGACCCAUUUAUUAAUUUUUUUUAAACUCUGCUAUGGCAUGUUAAAUAUUUGCGGACACCUGAAAUUUAAGCCAAUUUCAACCUUAUUUAUAAUUACCAUUUUCUGAUUCCAAAAGUUUUUUUCAUAUAUUACCUAAAUUCAAGCCUUCCAAAAAUUCAUCUCGUUCAUUCACGAAAUUGUUCUGAGAACAUUUUCUGGGAAGACAAAAGGGUGAUUGAUGGACCAUAAGGAAACAUAUCUUGUUUGCUAUUUUAAACACCUUCAUUUUAGUAUUAGAAUAUUAUCUUAACAAACUGGCCAAAUAAAUUAAAAAAAAAAAACAGCCUGAAUUAACUGGACAAGUUCCUCCACAGUGAGCCCAAGGUAGUGUACAAGGCUGAUUUCAAAAUACUAGUAUCACAAGAGUCCCCUCUAAAUGCAGUAAAAUGCUGCCUGCUGAUUUUGAAAAAUUAUUUUCAAUGCUCUAAAAAGCAAAAUGAUGGAAAAAAUAACUAUCUUGCAUUAGAAAACCACAGUAAUUUUUAGGCCAUUAGUUUCUUUAUCUAGUUACCCAUUCGGGGUACUUCUCUCAUUUCUCUCUGAAGGAUGAACAAAGCUUUAAAGUUCUUCUCCUAAUCCCUUACUGGUGAUUAUCCUUACCAAAAGGUCCUUCUCCCAAACCCUCUCCUGCAGCGAGUUGAAAUGCUUCUGGACUGCCCAAAGACAGUUGCUAUGAGCUGGGGGUCAGGGUGUUUCCUUUCAGGCUCUUAUUCUCAAUGAGUGGCUCAUCCAUGCUGCCAGCGGAGGGAGGCCGAUCCACCAUAAUCCCUCCCCUCUCAGAUUCUCUCAGACCUCAACUUCAGUUGCCACUUCCUGUGGAUUGCUAUCUUCUUCUCCGACCUCACUGCACCUGUCUUAACAUAGCCUUUGUCCUUCACCUCUGCUCGUGUAGUAGACAUCUCCCAGCUGCUGCCUCCAGUUUAAAAUUCUCAUCAUCAUUUCUCUGAGAUGCAAACUUGAUUUUGUUAUUCUUUGGUUUUUGUUGUUGCUGAAUUGCUCAGUCAUGCCCAACUCUUUGUGACCCCAUGGACUGCAGCAUACCAGGCUCCGCUGUCCUUCACUAUCUCCCAAAGCUUGCUCAAACUCAUGUCCAUUGAGUCAGUGAUGCCAUUCAACCAUCUCAUUCCCUGUCGCCUCCUUCUCCUCCUGCCUUCAAUCUUUGCCAGCAUCAGGGUCUUUUCCAACGAGUCAGCUCUUCGCAUCAGGUGACCAAAGUAUUGGAGUUUCAGCUUCAGCAUCAGUCCUUCCAAUGAAUAUUCAGGGUUGAUUUCCUUUAGGAUUGACUGGUUGGAUCUCCUUGCGAUCCAAGGGACUCUCAAGAGUCUUCUCCAGCAUCACAGUUCGAAAGCAUCAAUUCUUUGGCAUUCAGUCUUAUUUAUGGUCCAACUCACAUCCCUACAUGACUACUGGAAAAACCAUAGCUUUGACUUUAUGGACCUUUGUCAGCAAAGUGAUGUCUCUGCUUUUUAAUAUGCCGUCUAGAUUUGUCAUAGCUUUUCUUCCAAGGAGCAAGUGUCUUUUAAUUUCAUGGCAGCAGUCACUGUCCGCAGUGAUAAAUGACCCCACUGCCCACGAAGUCUAGAUGGCUUCCCAUGGGGGGAAAGGCCCUGUGGGAACUCUGCUCAUCACAGAGGCACAUUCCUGUCUCUCUGACUUUGCUCCUGCUCUUUCCACCAGCGAUGUCCCCGUCCCACCCCCGUAAGUUUACCUGGCAGACAACAACUUAUCUUUAGACUUAAUUAGCUGGUAGGGAGGACUGUGUGCAUUUCCCCACGAUGACCUGGCCUCUGUUCUGCUGCUCCCAGGACGAGUCAGGGAUUUGCUUACUCUCUCAUGCUUUCCCCAUAGCUCCUGUAACGUCUCAUCCCGCUGCCUUCAUUCUCUUGCUAAAAUGUAAGCCCAGAGGGCAGGGACCAUGCUUCAUUCAUUGCUGUAUGCUCAGGGCUCACAUGGAGCUGAGCAUGUUAUUGACUUUCAAUUCUUUCUUCACUGACAAUUCAAAUAAGCAUCAUUAGACAUUAGAUGUUCAGCUCUGGGUAUCAGUUCUCAUUGACAAAAUGGUUACAAGUACAAACCAUUUCUUAUUUCAAACGAUUUUAAUGUGACAACCUAUCUGCACACCCACAAUCUCAUCUUACAGUUGUUGACAGAAAGCCGACUGAUGAACUUUAACCAUCACCCACCCCUGAAACAUAGCUUAUUUGUUUAUGUUUUGUCGCUAAGUUAUAUCCAACUCUUUUGUGACCCCAUGGACUGUAGCCUGCCAGGCCCCUCUGUCCAUGGGAUUUCCCAGGCAAGAAUACUGGAGUGGGUUGCCAAUUCCUUCUCCAGGGGAUCCUCCCGACCCAGGAAUCGAACCCAUGUCUCUUGCAUUGGCAGGCAGAUUCUUUACCCCUGAGUCACCAAGGCUCCUCUGAAACGUAGCAUACUUUUCCAUAAACUGAAAUUUUAGAAGUAACGUUUGAGAGAUUUGACAAUGAGAGAAGACUCUUCAUGGAAAUGUGAUGUCUUAACUCAUGCUGUAGGCUGUGUUCCCUCAUGAUGUUGAGUGUCCUAGCAUAAAAUCCCCUCUACAAAAUUUGUAUAUGUUAUUGGUGCUGAGGAAAAGAGUAACAGAAUGGUUUACUAAAACUGGAUUUAUCAAGGGUUUUAUUUUGAGCCUCUUAGAGAUUAUAAUAAAAUAAAUCAUUCUCUGUGUUUCAGGAAAUUACAUGGAUUUGUUCUUCUGUCAGCUCACCAGCCUAAUUUUAUCACUGUUACUUUUAUUUGGUAUGGCUUCAAGAACAGUGGAAAGAUGUGGCCUUAAAGUUGGUUGAACCUAGGUUUCAAUUCAGCUGUCCCUUUCCAGCGGCAGCACCCUGGGUGUUACACCAACUCCCUGACCUCCAUUUUCCACAUUUAUAAUAUGGGGCUUAAUGCCUACUCUUGCAUUGAAAAUUAACUCUAAGAUUAUAUGUCCAGCACAUAGCUGACCUCAUACAUUUAUUAUGGCCACAUCUCUGAUUUAAAACAAGCCCUUUCAUAUGAAAACAUAUUUCUUGGGAUUCUUUACAUAGUAGAACAUGAUGAUUCUCACAGGGCAUAUAAAUUACUGAUUAGAAUUAUUUAUACCUGGUCAAUUCUUAACAUCUUUGGGAAAGCUAUUUUAUUUCAAUUCUCGAAGUUACUAUACCACAUGUGAAAAAAAGUCACCAUUUCCUGCAGGAUCAUUAUCAGGAAGUUCUGCAGGGAACAAAACAAUUGACAUUAAAAAUCAGUACUCUGCAAUUGCCACUGUUAUUAUCUUCCAGAGAUUCUGCAUAAUGCAUUUUCAACCACCAAGGUUGGCUGCCACAUCCAUGUGAAAUGCUUGAAUUUUAUGGUGCUUAAAUAUUUAAUGAUUCAUAGGAAAAAAAUGUGAAAUGUGUCUGAUAAAUUGCAUCCCUUUAUCUAACCUACAGUUGUAAAGUUAAAGACUUUCAACAUGUAACAUUUGCAAGGUGCCUGGUUUGCUAUUGACAUUGAAAUGUUGUAUUGCAAUUUAUACUAUCACUUAUUAUAUAUAAAAUUCUCUGAUGACCUCCAAAA